UUUUGUUGUGUCAUAUUCUUCAUUAAGAAGCCGCUUCACGUUCCCGUUGAAGAUAAUUGUGUUAAAAACUAUUUUAUAUUAAUAAUACUUCUAUAAUGGCUCGUCGCUAUGAUUCCCGUACAACAAUUUUCUCACCUGAGGGACGCCUCUACCAGGUUGAAUAUGCUAUGGAAGCAAUUUCACAUGCUGGAACUUGCUUAGGCAUCUUAGCCGAGGAUGGUAUAUUGUUAGCUGUAGAAUGCCGUAAUACUAACAAGUUGUUAGACACUGCUGGUGUUUAUUCAGAAAAAAUCUACAAACUAAGCGAUGAUAUAGUUUGUUCAGUAGCUGGUAUUACAUCUGAUGCAAAUGUGUUAACUAGUGAACUGCGUGUACUUUCUCAGCGCUAUCAAUAUAAUUAUGGUGAACCAGUCCCUGUUGAGCAGUUAGUAUCGUAUUUAUGUGACAUAAAGCAGGCAUAUACACAAUAUGGUGGUAAACGUCCAUUCGGCGUUUCAAUACUAUACAUGGGCUGGGAUAAACAUUAUGGUUAUCAAUUAUACCAAUCCGAUCCUAGUGGUAAUUAUGGUGGUUGGAAGGCAACAUGCAUUGGUAAUAACUUUGGAGCUGCUAUAUCAAUGCUAAAACAAGAAUUAAGUGAAAAUGAAAAGAUUUCAUUAGUGCAAGCUAAGGAAUUAGCUAUAAAAGUUCUUAGCAAGACACUUGAUUCAACUAAGCUUAUGCCCAUAAUUGGUCAAUACACAAUAUCAGAUGUUGCAAAAAUUUCCUCACUUUUACACGAACGCUACGGUCGCAUUGUGCGUUUUGGAGGUUUAAUGGGUCGUCCGGAUUUGCUGUUUAUUUACGAUGCUGAUGAAAUUGAAAAGUGCUAUCGCAAUGAAGGUCCUACACCUUUUCGACCAUCUAUGCCUAGUCUAGUCAAAUACAAAAGUGUUGUACGGAAGGAUUUUUUCGGUGAUCUUGGUGGUGUAGUCGGAGUCCAUGGCGAACCUUGGCGUGAAUUUCGUUCACGUGUACAAAAACCGGUACUACAAUUAUCAACAGUCAGACGCUAUUUGCAGCCAUUAGAAAUUGUCACUAAUGACUUUUUAAAACGCUGUGAGUCAUUACUAGAUGAGAACUCUGAAUUGCCAGAAGAUUUUGAUAAUGAAAUACACAAGUGGUCCUUGGAAUGCAUUGGAAGAGUUGCUUUGGAUGCACGUUUAGGUUGCCUUGAACCAAAUUUAACACCCGACUCGGAACCACAACAAAUUAUAAAUGCUGCAAAAUAUGCUUUACGAAAUGUAGCUACUUUGGAAUUGAAAGCACCUUACUGGCGCUAUUUUCCAACACCUUUGUGGACUCGUUAUGUUAAGAAUAUGAACUUUUUUGUAGAAGUUUGUAUGAAAUACAUCAAAUCAGCUACAGAGCGUCUUAAAUUGCAAGGUCGUAGCCAAAACGGUGAACCGUCUUUAUUAGAGAAAGUUAUAAUGGCCGAAAAGGAUGAAAAAAUAGCAACAAUAAUGGCACUUGAUUUAAUAUUAGUUGGCAUAGAUACGAUAUCAAUGGCAGUUUGUUCAAUGCUGUACCAAUUAGCUACACGUCCAGAAGAGCAGCAAAAAGUACAUGAAGAACUGAAACGUAUUUUACCCGAUCCACAAACACCACUGACAAUACAAUUGCUCGAUCAAAUGCAUUAUUUAAAAGCUUUUAUCAAAGAAGUAUUUCGUAUGUAUAGUACUGUCAUAGGUAAUGGACGAACAUUGCAAGAAGACACUGUAAUCUGUGGUUAUCAGGUGCCAAAAGGUGUGCAAGCUGUUUUUCCAACAAUUGUCACAGGCAAUAUGAAUGAAUACGUAACUGAAGCUGCAAAAUUUUUACCAGAACGUUGGCUCAAAGCUAAUCAAGGAGGUUUUGAUGGCAAACUUCAUCCAUUUUCAUCGCUACCUUAUGGUUAUGGUGCACGAAUGUGUUUAGGACGUCGUUUUGCCGAUCUAGAAAUGCAAAUUUUAUUAGCUAAGCUACUGCGGAACUACAAACUGGAAUACAAUCACGAACCUUUACAAUAUGCUGUCACAUUCAUGUAUGCACCCGAGGGACCAUUACGAUUUAAAAUGACAAAAAUUUAAUAAUUUUUUCACAAUAAAAAU